AUGCGUGUUUUGCGGGUCGAGAUGUGGUGCAGAAGGCAGGCUGCCGCGGCAAUUUUGCCGUUUUUACUCGCCGGUUGGCUGACUGGAGAGAGUCACCAAGCACUGACCACAUUCGGCAAGAGCUACUCACAAUCACCUAAAGAAGUCGAGCCCACCACUCCACCAGCCAGGAUCUGUUCUCGGCAGCCCGACUGCGCUGGUAUCAGCAGCAGCUCCUGUGUGAGGACCCAUUACGACUCUGUGACGAGAUGUCUCUGCGGUGACAACUCCUCGCCAGUCAACGGCCAGUGCGAAGCGCAGUCUAAAACUCUGUACCAUGUCUGCACCACCAGCGAUGAGUGUAACGACGGCCUCAUCUGCGCCAGCCCGAACAUCACCAGCUCGUCCCCACCUCACUUCCGGGUCUACACGCCACAAGACAAAAUCUGCCUCUGCGACAAGGAGAACGGAUUCCUGGAGAGGGAACACACUUGUAGCGAUGCUGUUAUACUGAAGACUUCUCUGUUCGCUAUUGUUAUCGUGACAAGCUUAAGAUUCUUAGCGUAUUAAAAUCAUUUAAUUAUGUAAAUUUACAUCAUUCAUAUUAGAACUAGAUAACAAACCAGUUAUGAACACCUCUUACCAAAGUACCGGGUAACGUUGCUACCGUUCGGAGAAAAUUACGACAUUAUUUAGGCAUAUUAUUAUUAUCAAUUCUAAAAGAAAAUCAUAUUUAAUACAAUAUCCUAUAAUAGUAAAAAAAACUACCACUUAAAAUAACUGUAUAACGUGUUA